GACUGCAGCCUGCUGUGAUGUCAUCAACCGGAUGGGCCCGCCGCUGCACUUCAGUCACGUUAAAAACAAUCCGGAAGACGAUACUGCAUGACGGGGAAGUGUUAUUGAGGCUAAAACGAGGCUCGCGUUUUGGAUACACAGUCCAUGGUAACAUAUUUCAGCGGCUCCACAUAUUAAAGUCCUGUAGCUAGUCGUAGACUGAUUCUAAGUCAUCAUGGGCAAUGGGAUGAAUAAGGUUGUCGAUGGGCUUUACCUUGGAAACAUAAGAGAUGCAGAAAACAGAGAAAGUCUUUCGAAGAAUGGCAUCACCCACAUCCUGUCAGUGUACAACAACGCUAAACCCAUAUUUGAGGACAAGACUUACCUCUGUAUUCAUGCAGCUGAUGCUGCCAGCCAGAACCUAUUACAGCAUUUUAAAGAGUGCAUCAGCUUCAUCCAUGAAUGUCGCCUAAAUGGUGGAUCUUGUCUCGUUCACUGCCUUGCAGGUGUGUCCCGCAGCACCACCAUGGUGGUGGCCUACCUGAUGACCGUCACCCACUACAGCUGGGAGGAGUGUCUGUCUGCCGUCAAGGCUGUCCGCUCCUUUGUCGGCCCAAACUAUGGCUUCCAGGAGCAGCUUCGGGAGUACCAGACGACACAAGUCUCAGAGUUCAGAGCCUGGUUACGCUCCAGUUUCCAGCCCAGUCCAUUCAAUGACCAGGAGCAGGUUGGGACCCUGCUGAGCCAGUACACAGAGCAACAGGAGAGCCAGAGAAGAGGAGGAGACCACCGCUGGAUAAAUCAGGGUGUAGGCGUGUGCGCUCUGCCGUCCAACUCUGAGGGUCCUGAAAGCAGCAGCUGAAACUCAGGCAUCGGGGUCGUGCCAAAGUCCUGCCAAACACUGUCUGAAAAUGGCAGUAGUUAUUUUUCUGUCCUCAAUUUAAAAUCAACCCCAAACUUUAAAGCCUGUACAACUUUGAAAGCAUAGGACUAAAUAAUUCCACUUUAAAAGCCAAGCAUAAAUACCUAAUUUGCCUCUGUCUUGUCAUUUUUAAGGAGUGAGGGUUGAUUUAAAAUUGAGCUUCAGAAUUUUGUCCACUAGUACCGCCCUUGUUUCCUUAACUGAAAAAAAAAAGCCACAACAGGGGUCUCGGUGCUCACAGACGCCUUACUCUAAUCACCUCUGCACUUUAUCCAUAAUGAAUAAACCAUACUUCCAUGUGGACUCAUCUGUAACAUUCAGCUCGGUAGCCUGAGGUUGGACUAACAUACAAUCCCUUAUGGGAACAUUUUAGUCUCUUACUAUGUGGAUCUCUGGUCUUUAAUGCUGCACAGUGACCUUUACAAAUCUGACGCCAUACUGAUGCCAGUUAUUCUGAAAUACUAGUUUGUUAUUAAGUACAUCUUGCUGAAAGAAACAGUGUUGCUUGCCUGUCAGAUGUGUCAGUGCAAUAAUCAUUACAUGUAAAGUUAAAUUCACAAACACAACAAUUUAGCAACUACUGAUUAAGUUCACUAUUGAUUAACCUGCUGGUCAUUUCCACGAUUAUUCUGUUGAAUGUAUAGUGGAAACAACUUCAGAAGUUUGGGAAAAGAGCGGAGCACAAUUUCCAAAAGCUUAAAAUAACACCUUCAAAUAUCUUCUUUUUUUCCAUUCAACUGUCUUAAACACAAAGAAAGCUAUAUAUGGCAAAGAAAAGCAGCACAUGCUCACAUCUACAGUUAAGUAUCAAUACAGCACAAGCUCAAAUUUAUAUCGGUCGAUUAAUAAGGUAAAAAUAAUUAAAUAGAGAAAUUGUUGCAGCUGUAGUUAUGGUGUCAUUAGCAGCUAUACUCGCCACCUAAAGGUGUUCUGAUAAAGAUGAAUAUAUCACUGUUGCACAUCACUGCCCAUUGAGUAAACAGCAUUUGUUUACACCCAGUCAUCUGCUGGGUCUGCACACUAUAUGAUAGUACAAGAUUAUGUAUUGUCACUGUAUUCAGCCCAGCUGCAAUAGACAAGAUAAUAAUACAAACAAGUGGAAAAAGAUAAAACAAGAACAAACCCACAGUAAAAAAUAAGUCAAAGUGACUAUUGCAGAGUAUGUGCACCAUAAUGCAGCGGAUAUCAAGUGCAGUUGCGCCACAUUAUGCAGAAAAGUCUUAAGCAGCAUAUUGAAAGUGUUCUCGUAUGUAAAUGGGACUUGGGGUGGGGGGUGGCUUAGAGGCUACACCUUUUGGGAAGAAGUUGUUGCUGAGUUUGUCAGUCCAGGUCUUGAUGGAGCAAUAUUGUUUACUGGAGAUACCCAGAGAUGCUUUCCAUUGUGUUUGAGCAGUAGCUGAAAGGAGAGUCUGCCUUGUUUAAGUUACCUGACAAAAGGAAAUCUUAUUAGGCGUUCUUUACCAGGUGGGAGGUGUGAGGAGUUAUUUAGUCAUGAAGAUUCCCAGGAAUUUGGUGUUUUACACGAUGUCCACCUCUUCACCUAGAGCUAUAAAAGCCCACACGGAUUUCCUUUGUUUUAGUGGUGUUCAGGAACAGGUUGUUUUCUUAACACAACUCAAGCAGGUGUUGAACCUCCUCUCUAUACUGUGUGUCCUAAUUAUUAGUAAUGCUGGUAAUCCCCAACUUCACUUGUGGGUACUAGUGCACCCAUGUCACAUGUCUACAACUGAAUCCAGCACCAACAAUGCCCAGGGGAAGCAUAUUUGACCUCAUAUCAGCCAAUGUGUGUAGCUGGUGAGGAAAUAGCUUUUGUGCUGGACAUCUAUGUACCAGCCAACAAAACUGUACCGAGUUACCUCAUGAUUUCAGAUAAGGCUGAUGUUGGGUCUGCGCCCAAACCACACAGCUUUAAUUUGAUUCACUGGAUAAAGAGUUGUUUAAAAAAAAAACGGAGGCACACAGCUAGGAGUAGUGAGUUCAUUUAAAAUUGGCAAAAUGUUCCCUUAAGUGAAACAUGUAAUGUAGCAGGUGAAUCUGGUUUUCUAUAUAAUGUCUGGCUGAGUAAAACUGUAAGUCCACAUGAAGGAUCUCUGCUGACGUGAAGCUUGAGUCUUCCUGAUUUUACUGAAGCUCUGAUUUAUGUUUUUUUUUUGUGAAAAAGCAGAUUUUAAGGUAAUUGUGCUCAUAUGUUCAUGAAGUUGUUUGAAUUGCAUAUUUAUGGUGUUGAUUGUUCCUGUUUUAUAAUACAAAUCUGUGAUUGACUAAAUAAUUGAACUGCUAAUAAAUCUGUACUAUCAACUCUA